ACGCGCAUUAGAAAAUGCUACAUACUAAUAUUAAGGAUUAUCUUAAGCCUGCAAGCAUUUCUUAUAAAUAAAAAUGACGUAAGCUCAUGCGCUCGAUGUUUGUAGUCGAAAAAGUGGGGACUCCGAAUUGUCCGCAUUCUUCGCUGAGCGCAAUUUUUGUGAAGAGCGCACAGCUACAACAAACCGAGCUGUCGUCCAGUGUCAUUGGCCCACUUAUAUUAUACGACAACAGCAAUGUCGAAUCUUCUAGAGAAUCCCCCUACGCCUUUCGUCGGACCGAUUUCUGGAGGUUUCCGAGAUGGCAGGAUCAUCAGGAUUCAAGGCUAUACUUCCCCAAUUGCCGAAAGAUUCAAUGUGAAUCUUCAGGCCGGUCCAGGUGCUGAAGUUGAUAUUGCCGUGCACGUGUCCGUUCGUAUUUCGGAAGGAUACGUAGCGAGGAAUUCGUUCCAAAACGGUGAAUGGGGCGACGAGGAGGAUAAAGGUGAUCUGCUCAUUGGGGCAGGUCAAAAGUUCGAGAUUAUCAUCCUGUGCGGAUCGACAGAUUACAAAAUUGCCAUGAAUGGAAAGCAUUUCUGCGAGUUUCCACAACGCGUUUCUCCGAGAUCAACAUCGCACUUGUUCAUCGAUGGAGACGUCUCGCUUACAUUGAUCUCGUUCGAAGGUGGAGAUGAGGUGACCUCAUCUUCGGCAUCUUCUCAGCAAUCCGUCGGAGCUCCAUCGUUCCAAGGACAGUACGGACCUCCACAGGGUCAGUAUGGACCUCCUCAGGGUCAGUAUGGACCUCCUCAGGGUCAAUACGGACCUCCGCAGGGUCAAUAUGGUCCUCCUCCGCAACAAGGCUAUGGACCACCGCCACCACCAGGUCAGCACGAAGAACAAUCCAGCGGUUUCGACUUCCUGGGGACAGCAGGAUCGGUGAUUGCUGGAGCAAUCAGCUCGGGGAUGGCUGAAAAGUUGAUCGGUUCUUUGACGAGCGGAGGAAACCAACAACAAGGCUCUCAGCAGCAGCAAACCCCAAAUAAUCAGCAACAAUACCAGCAGCAACCGAGUCAACCGCAAAAUCAGCAGAAUUUCAGUUUACCCCAAUUGGGUGGACACGGAUCGAUCGGUGGUCUGGGCAGCGUUGGUUCCUUAUUGACUGGAUUCGCAGAACAACUAUUGCAGCCGAAAAAGGAGGGACACCAUUGACGUGAAUCAACCGCUAGAUUUGACGGAAGCAUUUUUAUUUGUGUCUCAAUCUCUCUCUACGUUAUGCUUUAAAUUAUUAUAUUAAUUAAGAAACGCACAUCUAUUAAUAAUUAUUUAUUUCGUUAUAUACGUUGUGGGACAUUUUAUGGUUGUUGUAAUUAAAUGUUAGUGAGAGUGCCUUUAUUGAUCAAGUAACGAGAACUUUUGUAAUUGUCGUUGUUUUGUUUAUAUAUUUUCUUAAAGAUUUGGCGCAUUUAGCGAACUUAAACUAA